AUGCCCCUUCGCCGAAACUACUAUCGCGCACCAUCGCUCGACAGCGAGGACGACGAUUACGAGCCCCUACAAAGCAUCCAAAACCGCCAGCGCCACCCUGCCCGCCGCAUCCAGCCCCCCUCUCGAGCAAACCCCCCGACAGCCGCCAGUAGACCUUCAGCCAUCUCCAGCUCCCGCUCAAUCUCGCAUGGGAUACCCUCGGCGCCAGCACAAGCCGCGCCAGGGCCCUCCAGGCCAGCAGAAGGAGGACCCCCGCCACAGAUCUCUGGAAGACCAAACGUUCCUGAAGAUGAACCUGUGUCUUCGAGAGAUCGAUAUGCAGUCGCGAGAAGAAGACUGAGGAGACGGGUGGAAGACGACGAGGAUGUGGUGUAUACCGGGUCAUCGGGAGCAGAAGACGGCCAGGCGCUAGCAGGACCAUCUAGGCCGCGUAACAGAGCCCCCAAUCAUCAUAUCCAGCGCUUGAACGCCGCUCUCGACGCCCGGCCCAGACGCGAUCCCGACGCAGACCGCCGCCAGUCCCUCUCUAACGACUCUGACCUUGAGGACGAGAUCGACCUCCCUCCUGCCCGCCCCCGUAUCGGCCUAGGUGGCGCCGUCUUUCGACGUGGAGGUGCUCGCAGACAGUUCGUCCUCGGUCGUCCCCCUACUUCCCCUCCACAACAGCACGGUCAAGACGCUAUGGCUGCACCUGGUCAACAAUUUUUCUUGGGAGGCAACAAUGUGGGGCAUUUCAUGAUGAACGCGCUCGGCGCCGGGAUGGGAUUCCACAUUGGGCUGGGAGGUGUAGGUAUAGCUUUCGGAGGGGCGGGGCCUGCUAGAGCAGAGGCAGAUAUCGAAACAAUCCUGAGAAGCGUCGAGGUGCCCAAGUACCCUGCGCCAACAGCGGGGUUCGUGGCCAACUUUGAUAUGGAAGAGGCGCAGUCCAAGCAGGCAAUUGAAAUCGAUGACAAUGGGGUAGUCAAGAAGAAACGGAAACAACCCAUCCUCGUCUGCGCCAAGUGCAAAGACCCGCUGCUCAUCUCUGAAGCCUACCGCACCCCCGCCGACAGAAUCUGGGCUCUCCGCUGUGGUCACAUCAUCGACCAAAAGUGCCUCGACGAGAUUCAGGCCCCGAGGUCCAUCAUGGAGAUGGCGAGCGUGGACAAGCAUCCGGACGUGUUGGAUGAGCAGCCGGCGAAGAGGAGGAAGGGCGUGCGCAAGGCGAAGGAGCAGGAGAAGCCGGCGGACGAGUAUACGUGGAAGUGUCCGGUGGAGGGCUGUGGGAAGCGGCACAUGAGCAAGGAUAUAGGCGGGUCAUGGGUGAUGGGUGAGGGAGAAGGGGCGCUGCAGGUGUACGCUUGA